AUGACAGAUGCAGAAAGGAAAUGUACCAUUGCUUGCAGAGCACCCUUUAAUAAUGUUGGCUCUAUAGAUGGCAUCAUUGCUGAUUCGCAGAGACGACGGAAGUUGCAAAACGACCUAAAGAAAAUGGUGCGAGAAUCGCGAAGACGGUUUAACGCAAAUCUAAUCAAAGCGAUCAGCGCCAGAAUACGAAACGAAACACAGACUAAUCCUUCAAAGCUAAGCAAUAAUGCACAAGCUAAUAAUGCGGCCGAUUCUACCGUCGACAGACAGAGGGAUGUCGUCGACCCUAAUGGACUCAGUCCAUUCACGGUUGACAUUGACGCUAUAAAUCCAUUCGCUGAGUCAGCAACAACUGUUAGUCCUCCUAUUCGUGAUCAGCAAAUUCCUUCGCCAUUUUUUAGCAGUUCAUUGAAUAGUCCUCGAAAUAGUUUGGGCGUUUUCCGUAAUCCUGCUGGUGGUGUUCCAGUGUUUUUACCUACAGUUCCUGACUCACAAACACCACUAUAA